AUGAUUGAGAGCGAUCAGGAACCGCCAGAGAACAAGGGUAUUGUGAAGAGUGCGCUGGAGUUAUUGGAGGCUUGCGACUUCCACCGCAACGUGUGGAUGACUACGGAAGGUUCUUCGAUUUCCGAAUGCGCCGUUCGAAAGUUGGACAAGAUAGUUACAGAUGUUCUCAUCAUACCAACCUUAGCAUGUCUGGGGCAGCACUUUGAUCGGUGGAUGAAGACGCCGGGUCCGCGGAAGAAGUUUCACGUUACUAUGACAUUGUGGUUCGUGCGUUACACGUUCACCACCAUGUAUUCCUAUAACAUUGAUCUUCUGAAUAACCUUGGCUCCCCGCCACGCAAUCUACAACUAUUUUACCGGAGAUCACACCUCCUCCACGAUCUACAAAUGCUCUUGGACGAGUUUGAUAAGUGUUGGAUUGGGGCUUGCGGUCAUGCCCAUGGCCCUUAG